AAUGGCUGCUGCAUUUGAUGUUCUUAGGAAGAUAUUUAGUGAUCUGUGAUAUAAAAAGUAAUGGGAGCGGCAUUUGUGAUGUGAAUGUGACUGUACGUAAGUUACGCAAAGGAAUACGUGUAAGAAGGAAUUAAGAAUUAAAUAGACCGUCUGUGGUUGAGAGUUGGUAUAAAAUGGGUAAUAGGAAGUGUAAAGAACGUUCUGAAAUUUCGGAUGAGGCGGUAUUAUCGCAUGAAGAACGCCACUGUUUGCAAAGAAUGUUCAAGUCUCUUUGUCAUGAUCACUCAGCAUGUAGUAAAGAAGAUUUGAGAGAACACUGGCAACAUAGUAUGGAGAGGGGACUCCUUACACUAUUUGAGGACUACUUUUUUAAAAGUGAUCCAGAAAAGUCAAUCUACUAUGACACAUUUAUAAGUUUGUUUGUUAAAUUAGCGAAAGACCCAUGUGAUGAGAAGGUAAAAUUCAUGGUUUCUUUGUUGAAGCAAAAUAGCAGUGAUGGUGCUCUUACUGUCAGUAACAUAACGGAGUAUGUGAAGGAUAUUAUAUCAUCUUACAUAAUAAUUCUAACAGUGAUGGACCAUAUAAUGUUGAAAUCCUGGAUGACAUUGGGUACUGAAAUCUCAGAUUCGAAACUGGUGCUAAUGGCACAGUCACUGUGCCAAAACCUGGAAAAGGAAGAGAACGUUGAAGAGGGUAUUGCAAGGUGGUUUGGUUUAUGCUCACAAUUUCAAAAGCUUCAGACAUCUUUUUUGUAUCAUUUAUACCACAUACCACAGGAAGGUAUGACACAUGGGGAUGAAUCAGCAGAGUACUGUCUGUUCCCACUGUGCAAAGGAGUACCGCCACAACAUAAGCUGGUAUUCCCAUCUGUUUUGAAAGUCCCUGAUGUGUUGUUCGUGAAUACAUUGUUACCAUCAGCAAUGCAGCAUCAGUGGAGGUUCUGUUUUUCUACAGGGAUUCAUGGAGAAAGUUUUGCAAAAAUGCUUGGUCUUAUUGUAGAUAAAGGACCAACCGUAAUUAUUAUAAAGGACAAGAACGGGAAUGUAUUUGGAGGAUUUGCAUCAGAGAACUGGACUGUAGGCCCAAACUUCCAAGGAGAUGAAAAAAGUUUCUUGUUCAGUCUGUAUCCAGAGAUGAGGGUCUUUGAGUCAACGGGUUAUAACAGUCACUACCAGUACCUCAGUGUUCAGCAGCAAACACUGCCUAAUGGUUUAGGAAUGGGUGGGCAGUUUGAAUAUUUUGGAAUAUGGCUUGAUGCAGAGUUUGGAAAAGGUCACUGCAGUGAAACAUGUACUACAUACAGGAACUACAAAAUGUUAUCUGCCACAAAACAUUUUGAGGUAGACCAUGUGGAAGUAUGGGGUGUUGGACCAGAAUUUGAAAAAAAAGACACAGAGGGUGAGCGCCCAAGUAUAAGAGAAAGAGACUUGGAAGCAAAAGCAAUGUUACAGCUGGCAGGUAAAACAUUACAUAGUGAAGGUAUGGAUGACAAUGCUGAUGAAGCAUGACAUAAUGAAAAUAAGCCCUGAUUGAAGAGGUACGUGAAACCUUGCAGUCUCUUGGGAGAAGUAAAUAUGAACACUACUUUGUGUAAUGUGUUUUCUAUAAUUGAACUAGCAUGUUGUGGGUAGUUCUUUUGUGAGAAAAUGAGGUUUCUCUGCAUUACAGCAUGUUGAUCACAAACAUACAUUGCGGUGUGUCCCUUGUCAUUUAAUUUUUUUGCAUUGAGUGCACAAAAGGAAUGCAUUAUGCAGAAUCCAUCAGUCUGCAUGUCUCAUCUCUCAAUCAUUUAAUCAGAUUUUUAUGAAAUUGAGUGUAGGAAAUCAACACUACGUGUUACUUAAAUUUCAUUUUGUACCAUGGUCAGCCACUAUGGCCAUUAAAAUACUUGGGAUUUGUAUUAAACUUACCAGAUCAUAAGAAUAUAGGAGGAAACUGCAGGUAGCCAUGCCAUGCCAAUAUUUAUGAAAGUGAUCAUCUUUGAUUUCAAUAAAGACAUUCAUGGGUAGUCACAGUGGACAGUUGCUGUCGUCAGUAUUACACUACUGAAAGUGAUGGCAGCCCAGCAUCUCGUGAAGAAAUGUCCCUCUUCCUUGCUUUGAUUCUGAAUAUGGACCUCAAUCAGCAUGACAUGUUGAAGGAGCUCCAACCUAGGAAAUCAGUGUGCCACACCUCUUCUAUCCCUGUGCCAUGGUGUUUAAUAGAUUCUUUCACAUCCACUCUGAUAUUUUGAAAAUUAAAUGCUCCCAACAGUAAUAGAGAAUUUUAUGGCAGAUCUUGGAAAGUGGGAAGGGGUUUUAAUUAUCCAAAUACAAGAUUCCCCAGUGUAUCUGAUGUUUGUAUUAAAUGAAGCAGUUGUAAAAUUCUAGUGCAGAAUGGUU